UAAAAUUAGUAGAUUGCUUUGACAUGAUUGAGGUUGUUUGGUGAAAUAGACUUCUUUAUCCCUUUUAAAAUGCAUUUUAAUUAGUUGGGGUAAAUAAAAACCCUAAAUCAGAUCUCUGCGCUAAUAAUUGAUCUGUUUUAGCUGAAAUUAAAUCCUAAAUUCAAGCACCCGAAGAUAUCUUUGCACACGAAUAUGGCAGAAUUUGCGGACAACACAGAAGCCAUUAUUAUCAGAAUCGAACACAAGUCCCGCAAGAUCGAGAGCUUACUCAAACAGUACAAACCAGUGGAAGCUUUGAAGACAGCUCUUGAAGGGUCCCCGCCUAUGACCAAAGACGAGCGCUGUAAGUCUGCAAAUUGGAUAGUGGUGCACAGGGCAAUAAUGGCAAUAAAAGAUGUUGAUAGUUUGUUCUCAGCUCUUGAUCCUGAGUACUAUGAUGUCCUCAUGAAGUACUUAUAUAGAGGUUUAUCGACUGGAGAUCGGCCCACCUGUGAUCAGUGCUUAAGAAUUCAUGAGAAACUUACAGAGAAAGCUGGAUUAGGUUGCAUAUUACGUUCGUUAGCCGACAAAGUUAACACUGUUUAGUUUUUUGCCUUUGUCCUUUCAAUUUUAAUCUAUUGGCUUUUUGUACUGUAAUCACGACCAAAUUGAUAUGUUCUUUUAUGUUCGAAAAACUUCCCCUUUGUAACUUAAAGAGUAAUGUUAUCAGCAUAUUUGUAUUGAAAGGGCAAAUACAUUAUAGUCCCAUAUAACUGUCAGAACCCUUUCUUGUUUUGGUCAACUGAUUUAAAUUGAAAGGGCAACCAAGUACAGAUAGAAUUAUUGUCAAAUAUUCCAUGAAUUAAUUGGCCCUGACUGGUUUGAAUAGUUACUACCUAGUA